AUGGGCUUUCCGAUUUGGCUUUGGCGUCCGGAGCAUCAGCCCCGGACCCCAGUCGAGCCAAAUGGGUAUCUCUGCUGUGGAUGUUGCGGCUGCACCUCAAAAUGUUGCUUCACGAUUUAUACGGUCAUCUGGGCCCUGAUCUGCUUCAUUUUCUUUGGCCUUGUCGGUCUGCUGCUCCUUCUGCAACCCGAUUACAUCCUUGUUUUGCUAAAGCAUCCCGGGUUUUACCUCUGGCUUGUUACUGCUCUUUUUGUGUUCUAUGCCGUGCGGGCGAUACAGACAAUGAAUCGCCGUCUUAUGGGUAGCAGCUCAAGAAAGGGCGGACAUCUGCAGGAAAUAGGGCGGGAUUCUAGCGUUUCCUCAAUGUUCCCUUCAAUGCUGUUACGCCUCGGAUGGACUUUUUGUGGUGAUCCAGUACUAUCGCUACGUCAGGGACCGUCAGCUGGAGAU